AUGGUUUUCAGUUUGUCACACCUCAAGGCUGCUAUAUGGCAAGCACUUAACCACUAUGCUUACCGCGACGCAGUGUUCCUCGCAGAAAGGUUAUAUGCAGAAGUACAUUCAGAAGAAGCACUGUUUUUGCUGGCAACGUGUUACUACCGCUCAGGAAAGGCAUAUAAAGCAUACAGGCUCCUAAAGGGACACAGCUGUACUACUCCACAGUGUAAAUACCUGCUUGCAAAAUGUUGUGUUGACCUCAGCAACAGGGUGAAAACACUGGACUGCCAGUGCUGUGAGCCUUGUAACCCCUUUAAACCUCUUGUUUUUUAAAAAGGCUUGCAGAAGGAGAGCAGAUCUUAUCUGGUGGAGUGUUGAAUAA